AAGCCCUCGAAGUACGUUACUCAUGGCUGCGAAACUCGCGCAUCCACACGCCGUACCCUGCGUAUCCACACAAGUCGUGCCCGGCGCGGUCCCUACAUACACCCGCAUUCUGGCGCCUGAUGCUGACAAGCGCUCGUGUAAACAGACUGCCCUGGAGCGCAUCGUCCUGGAUCCAAAGUACCACGAUAUCCUCACACUGGUGAAAGGCGUCAGGAAUGGCGUGGUAUACGGAUGCAAAGUGCGCUUUCCGCACGCGCUGGUGAUGAUUUUCCUCUUUAGAUCGGGAAGUCUACGGUCAAAAUGCUCGCUCGUGUACAAGGCGACGCGGCAGCACGCGCGCAACCUGAGCUUGUUUGCCCUCGUGUACAAAUCCACGAUGCUGUUCCUGCGCCACACAUCGCCGAAUGGCAAGGAGCGCCAAUUCGACUCGUUUCUCGCGGGCCUGCUCGGCGGCUACACGGUGUUUGGCCGCACAAUCCACAACUCGGUGUCGCAGCAAAUCGUCAUCUACGUGGCGGCGCGCGUGUGCCUGGCCCUGGCAAAACUCGCCGUGCAGCCUCGCCUCGCGGCAAAUGCCCAUCACAAGACGCAUCAUCAUCACCAUCACGCCCAGGUCGAUGGCUGGCAGCUGUUUGGCAACGGCCAGUUGAGUCGAACGCUGUCAAGGAACGGGUGGCCGGCAUUCGCCAGUCUGAGCUGGGCCAUGGUAAUGUAUAUCUUCAGGUGGCAUCCUGAGAGUAUGCAGAGCAGUCUCCGGAGCAGUAUGAGUUACAUUUAUGUGCAAUCAGACGAGUGGGAUUCGCUGCGGACGUUGCUCUGGCAUAACAAAUAACGUGUUGGUAGGGAAUCUUAGGAACGGAACGGAUUGGAACAUUAUCAGCAUGUUCACGACUGGGAUAACACUGGUAUCUUGCCUGUUUGUGUGAAGAAGAUUGUUGAGAGGGGUUUUUUUUUCUUUAUGGUGAGAAGAUGACAUUCCACGUGCACUCGGGCGAUAGAGGGAAUACACGCACUCUCUUAGACUGAGAGAGAGAGAGAGAGCAAAGAACUAUAUCCAAGAAAACAAGGGAUAUGUAGUAGAGGCAUGGAUAGACUUGAGAGAAA